UCUGGGUUAGCAAAGUCGCGUCGGGGGGCAUCUUUUUGUCUUGAAAAUGUGAGGAGCUGGAGGCCACGUCGUGAAAAUAUCUCUUUUUUUCUCGUUCCAGCUCAGGCCGAAACAAGAAGGUGUACGGAAUUUUUUCUGUCAAGUGUCAAUCUGGUUUUUUUUCUGUUCCCACAACGAACCUCAAUCAAUUCCUAACUUUGUACUCUGUCAAAUUUCCUGUUUGAACCUGUCACAACUUUUUCAAACUGUAUUUGCCGCGCCGCCUCGCAUAACUAUCCGUGCCCAUAGCAACUUUAAAAAAAAAAAAAAAAAAAAAAAAAAAAAAAAAAAAAAGGGCGCAAACAACCAUCUUUCUUUUGGGCCAAACGGCCUGCUUUGCAUCCAAAACAAAAUGUCUUCCCGCGGUGCCGCCUCGGCUGCCGGCCAACCCUCGAUCCUGUCCUUCUUUCGACCAAACAACAAGAACCCGGCACUGCCGGUGCAACCACCGAAACCACAUCAGCAACCACCCCUCCCACCUCCACCACCGCCCGCACCCCUGCAAUCGCCGAGCCCUGGCGCCGUGGCGGCGGCAGCGGCAGCCUCGUCGCCCGCAGCAACGAUGCCUCCCGCGACGACCCCGCACCCGUCGGCCUCGAUCGUGCCCAUCACGGCCGACCACAUCGCCCCGCUGCGGCGCAUCAACGCCCUCCUCCUCUGCGUCAACUACCCGGACUCGUUCUACCAGCGCAUCCUGGACCCGGCCGCGUCGGGCCUCUUUUCGCGCGCCAUCCUGUGGUCCGAGGCCGAGGACGACAGCAACAACGACGACGACGCCGCCUCGCCGCCCAAGGUCGUCGGCUCCAUCGUCGCGCGCGUCGAGGCCUCGCCCUUUGACCAGAAGCGCUCCGCCCUCUACAUCCAGAGCCUCACGCUGCUGUCGCCCUUUAGGUCGCUGGGGCUGGCGGGGGCCGCGCUGGACGCCGUGCUGGACCAGGCCAGGCGCCUGCGGUCCUCGGUCGACGUCGCCGACGUCUACGCGCACGUGUGGACCGAGAACGACGACGGGCUGCGGUGGUACGCGGCGCGGGGCUUCCAGCGCGUCGGCUCCCGCCCCGAGCAGGGCUACUACCACAAGCUGCGGCCGGACACGGCCUGGAUAGUGCGGCGGUCGCUGGACGGCGCCGCCUCCGCCUCGGACGUGUCUGCCGCCAUGGCCAGGACGACGGCCGCCGCUGGGGCGCCGCCGCCGCCAGCCGUGGUGCCUCCGUCCGUCACCGCCGCCGUGGUCAACCUGCCGCUCAAACCCCCACCGGCGCCGACGAGCAGCGCGUCGGCCAAGGCGGCCGCGCUCUGCUUCCAAGACAAGCGGCCCGACACCGACUGGAACGACCUCCCGCCUGAUGUGGCCGCGGGCUUGCUCACGCCGGGCAGCGGGCAAGGGUCCGAGGCCAGCUCGAGGAGUAGCUCUACGGUGCGCGGCACCAAGAAGAAGAGGGAUCGGGCGUACCCUGCUGCUGCGUUUGGGAGCUGAGCCCCCGACACCUGGGGCGGGUUCAAUCUAUGGGGACUUUUUUUUUCAUCUUUUUUUUUUCCUACUUUCUUCGUACCGUCCCAUUUGGUUGGAGUUUUGGAGCACACGGCAGUGGGGCGGGAGACGGAGCGGGCAUUUCGGGUUCGAUCUUCUCUGGAGAAAUCGGAGUAAUGGACAGUUGUAGCACUUUGUAUUUCCUUUUUAGAUCUAUAGACUUGACGCAAUCUUUCACAGGAGAUGAUAGCUGUAGAGGGCGGACUUUUUAUCACAGUUUUGUUUCGUGUUUUCAAACAAGCGGAAACCAUAACGGCACACAAACC